AAAUUAAGAUCUCUCUUUACUAUUUUCCCACUUUCCUUUGACAAAACACACAAAAACAGAAACCAGAAGAAAAAAUGGCAUUGAGAAUGUGGGCUUCCUCUACAGCAAAUGCUCUCAAGCUCUCUUCUUCUGGCUCCAAAUCUCAUCUCUUGCCAGCUUUCUCUAUCUCCAGAUGCUUCUCCUCAGUGUUGGAAGGACUUAAGUAUGCAAAUUCACAUGAGUGGGUGAAACAUGAAGGCUCAGUUGCUACAAUUGGUAUCACUGACCAUGCCCAGGACCAUUUAGGAGAAGUUGUGUUUGUGGAGCUACCAGAAGCAAACAGUUCAGUGAGCAAAGAAAAAAGCUUUGGAGCUGUUGAGAGUGUUAAGGCCACAAGUGAGAUUCUAUCUCCAAUCUCCGGUGAAGUCAUUGAGGUUAACACAAAGCUCACCGAGUCACCUGGUUUGAUCAACUCAAGCCCUUAUGAAGAAGGUUGGAUGAUAAAGGUGAAACCAAGCAGCCCCGCGGAGCUAGAAGCCUUGAUGGGUCCAAAGGAAUACACCAAGUUCUGCGAAGACGAAGACGCUGCUCACUAGGGUUUCUUCGCCUUUCAUCUUUCCCAAAUGUUAAAAAAAAAAGAGCAAAACAAAAGAAUCCAUGCUAAAGUUUCAAUCUUUCAUUUCUCAAUGUUUCUUACCACUCUCAGCUUGUAUCAGUGUGAUACUAAUUUGAUUAAAAGAUCAUCCAAUGA